UCACUUUAGAAGGAAAACUACAGUCACACAGAGCAGCUGAGAAGAAAGAAGAUAGUAAUCCUGUGACCAAAGAUGCCUGGAUUAUAUGAGAAGCUGACGUUUGUUGCAGGAGUGUCCCUGGUGGUCUUGGCCGUGGCAAGGUCUUCCCCAUUAGUGGUCCAGGAGCCAAUCCGCUGUGCCCCCUGCACCCAGGAGAGGUUGAACAGCUGUCCCGCCAUCCCGGCAGGCUGCAGGCAGGUGCUGAGGGAGCCUGGCUGUGGCUGCUGCAUGGCCUGCGCUCUGGAGAAAGGGGCGUCCUGUGGGGUUCACACGGCCCACUGUGGCGAGGGCCUGCGCUGCACUCCCAGGCCUGGUGAGGCCAGACCCCUCCACGCUCUGACCAGGGGACAUGGAGUCUGCACUGAGGACGUGGGCCAAGAGGACACUGAAGGUGACCAUGACUCCCUGCACUACAUGUUGGGUCUCAACCUUCCCUUCGACCAGCAAGACCUUGCUGAGGGCCACGAGAGCAUCAAGGCCAAGGUCAGACUGAUGCAACAGUCUCAGGGACCCUGUCAUGUUGAACUCCACACAGCGCUGGACACAAUCAACAGCUCUCAGCAGAAACUGGGAGAGAAGUUCACCACCUUCUACCUCCCCAACUGUAACAAGCGCGGCUUCUACAAGGCCAAGCAGUGCGAUUCGUCUCUGGUUGGACCUCCUGCUCGCUGCUGGUGCGUCUCCCCCUGGACUGGGAAGAAGAUCCCAGGGUCGAGUGACCUGCUCGGUGACGCAGAGUGUCAUCAGGAAAUCACACUCUGAAGGGAUCAACGUCUCCACACGCACCCAGAUGCAUACAGAUAGAAGUCAUUUAAUAUCUGCAUGCCUGGAGAACUGACUUCAGUUUAUUUACCAGAUGCAUGCAUCAAAACUUAUUUAUUCACUACUUGUAUAUUCUUCUUUGUCGUAACUAUUUUUUUUAAUAUGUUUUCCUUUUUUUUCCACUUGUAAAUAAGGCAACACUGUAUACAUUUGAGUUUCUGACUAAACAACUCCAUUGCUCAAAACCACAGGUCCACAGCUAUGCCAAGAGUUUUCAGGAUCUUUUUUUUUUUCAUUCAUUCAUUUAAAAACCAUACAGCCGCUCAUUCAUUCAACAUGUUGACAUUGUCUGAAUGUAUCUCCAUUGGCGUUUCCUCAAUGGGUAUCGGUGGGAUACUUAAAGUGCCGCAGGUAUUUGUGCACAGCGGUCAAGCACAAACAUUUACGCAUUUGUCUACCUCUACUAGUCUCUACAGGUUUAGCAGGUUUAACGCUGAGGGUUCAGCUCAGCAACACUUUUCUCACAUUUAUUUGUCCAGUGUGUCACUGAGGUCAUCAUGGGUCUUUGUUUUAUUCUAUUCUUGUAUUUAUUAUGAUUUCUUUGUGUUUAUGCUUUUGUUUGUUGUUGACAUCAUGCAUAGUGAAUGCAAGGAAUGCUGCUAUUCCAUUAUUGGUU